UGCAAAUUAUGUCUAACUUAUUCGGGCAGGCUUUAGCUACUCUCCAAUGAAAAUAGUUGGGAACACUGCGUAAAGCUUAACUCUGCUCGUGCCUAUUCCUGAAACAUGUAUUUUUACAAACUCGUCGUUAGCCUCUUCUGUCUGACGAUGUCUGUAGGUUAGGCAGAGGGCAGGCGAAUGCGCAGAAGACGCGGCGAGUGUGCGAACGGGACAUACCAGCAUGAGGGGAAAACCUGCUGCCUGUGUCCCAGCGGCUACCGGGUUAUAUCUGACUGCAAAGACAACAAUGUUACACAAUGUGAAAUCUGCCAGUCUGGCUUCUUUGCGACGCACCCAAACAAUGACCACACUUGUCGGCGCUGUACAGACUGUCAUCCUGAGGCAACCAAAAUGGAGAAAAAGGAUUCUUGUUCGAGUUAUUCUGAUACUGUCUGUGGAUGUCAGGAGAAUUAUUACUGCGACAAAGGUCACCUGUGCAGGACCUGUCAACCCUGUGACACGUGUGAGAAACAAGGAGGUGUGAAAAUACCAUGCACAUUUACCAACAACACAGCGUGCCAUGGUGCUAAAGAGUCAGGUACAGGUAAAGGAGGUAUUGUAGCUGCCGUUGUGGUGCCACUCAUUCUCAUCAUUGUGUGUUUGGUGUUUUUUCUUAUAUACAAAAAACAAAUGUUUUGUUUUGAGGACAGACAGAUGAAAGAUGAUCCAAAGCUCCAGGAACUACUCCCAAAAGAUGUUGACCUGAAUCCUUACCUGCCAGAAAUUGCUUCUAUUCUGCCACCAAAAUUGAUGAAAGAAGUUGCCCGUCGCACUGGAAUGCCUGAACCUGAUAUUGAUCAACAUGAGUUAAACCACCCAAGAGAUGUGAAGGAACAGACCUACAGACUUCUGCUGGAUUGGUCUCAGUCUCAGGGUUUGAAUGAAGCCUACCCAACUCUCAUAACAAAACUUCUGGAGCUGAAGGCCAAAAGAACAGCAGAUCAGAUCAGACAAAUUGUUCAAAGAGAACAGGCUACAGCUUAGUCAAAAACAAUUAGAGAGUAAAAUAAAACACACAGUACCUCAAAAUAAGAACUAUGUGUGCAAAAAUGUGGCUAAUUUUUAAUUUUGGCUGAUUCGUAUGAAUACUUGUGCUUUCAUUCAUACAUUUUAGUACGUAACACCAGUGAUGUUAGGGGUGGGGUUAGGGUAUUCAGUAUUGCUUUUUUUCUGGUAUUCGUACAUUUUUGUACGAUUCACAAUGUACUAAUUCAUACGAAAAAGCCACCUCGUAAAAUAGUUACGAAUUCCAGUGAGAUCAGGUUGGAUGACCCAGCAUCAAGACUUGAGGUGUAUAUUAAGGCUCCCCAUUGCUUCCUGUCAGUUUACACACCAUAUUAUUAAAUACAGCAGAGAAACACCAAAAUUAAGCUGAAGCAACCUGGCAUUCUUUAAAGCAUCAGCAUAUUGUAGGUGAAUAUGUAGAGAAGUAUAUUUCUUUAGGGACAUAUGAAGCAUUCCAUGAGUUAAACCAUCCCAAGAGAGCUUUGCUGUGGCUCAUUGGUUAGAGCAUGGUGCUAGUAACGCCAAGGUCAUGGGUUCGUUCCCAGGGGAUUGCACAUAGUCAAAAACAAAUGUAUAGUACAAUGCAAUGUAAGUCGCUUUGGAUAAAAGCGUCUGCCAAAUCCGUAAAUGUAAAAAUGUAAGAAGAGUUUGUUUCCAAAAUGAGAUAACUCAGUUAAAAAAAAUCAAAAAAUCAUGUUUUUUUAUUUUAUCAUGUUUUUAGUGUGUUAGUUAGCUGUUAUUAUGGCUUAAAUCGAAACAAAUCAACUGCAGUUUAAUUGAUAUUAAUUGGAAUGCACAAUAAAAAAGCAUGAUUUUUGUUUGAGUUAUCUCAUUUUGGAAAUAAACUUUUCAUACUGUAUGAUUUGUGGAUGUGGCUGUUACGUAUGUGGACAAACAUGAAAAUCUGUGGAUACAACAUGCUGUAAGAAGGAUCACCAGCCCAUUCUUACAAUUUUGCCCAGAGGACUCGAUACCAUAAGUGCUUUAAAAAUAAAUAUAUAUAAAAAUGUUUACACAUGAUAAAAACUGUGUUAAAAUGAGUUUUAAUAUCUAACUUUUUUCAAGGUGAUUUUACAUGGCACUGUUUGUAAUAUGUUUGUAAAAUAAUGUGUGGAAAUGUUUGUGUGUUGCUUCUUGAUAUGUGUUGUAAUAAAAUAGGAAAUGAUUCU